CAGGAAAUAGGUACGGCUGUCACUUCAUUUGAACAAAUACGGCACAUUCUUCCCUUAAACAUCGUGUUUUUGUGGCCAAAUAGUGUCUGCUGGGAAGAUAGGAGUUGUUUUUCAUAUUCCACAUGAAGACUGCCUGGUGAGUUAAAGGUUGACUGACAUGGCAGCCAAUGGAGACAGCUGUGAAAAGCCUCAAAGACGCACAGGUGUUAAAGAGAAACAGAAUGGCAGAUCUACAGACUCAAUAAUAAGAGAGAGGCGGCACAAGGAUAAGGAGGAGCGCCUUUCUCUUGUCUUAUGGAGGAGACCUGUUAUCACACUUCAUUACUUCUUCCUUGAACUCUUCAUCAAGCUAAAAGAGUGGACGUUGAAGCUAUGGCAACGACGGGGCAUUGUGUUCCUAGUUUUGGUGUUAAGUUCUCUCUUCUCUGUCGCCUAUUCUAUUGAGGGAGCACACCAAAAAUAUGUCCAGUACCUUGAGAAGAGGUUUCUGUGGUGCGCGUAUUGGGUAGGUCUAGGUAUCCUGUCUUCUGUCGGCCUUGGGACUGGUCUGCACACCUUUCUUCUCUAUCUGGGUCCUCAUAUAGCAUCAGUGACAUUGGCAGCGUAUGAGUGUAGCUCAACAGAUUUCCCAGAGCCUCCGUACCCAGACCAGAUUGUGUGUCCACAACUUGUUGGGGAGGAGGGAAGCGUCUCGCUCUUCUCCAUCAUGUCAAAGGUCCGACUGGAGGCCUGCAUGUGGGGUGCAGGCACUGCCAUCGGCGAGCUGCCUCCAUAUUUCAUGGCCAGAGCAGCACGUCAGUCGGGGGCUGAUCCUGAAGAUGAGGACUACGAGGAGUUUGAGGAGAUGCUGGAGCAAGCUGAGAGCGCACAGGAUUUUGUCACCAGAGCAAAACUGGGAGUGCAACACAUGGUGCAGAAAGUGGGAUUCUUUGGGAUUUUGGCUUGUGCCUCGAUCCCAAAUCCGCUUUUUGAUUUGGCGGGAAUCACCUGCGGGCACUUCUUGGUUCCAUUCUGGACCUUCUUUGGAGCAACGCUAAUCGGGAAAGCCAUCGUCAAGAUGCACAUACAGAAGCUGUUUGUGAUCAUCACCUUCAGCAAGCACAUCGUGGAGCAAAUGGUGUCCCUCAUUGGGUCUAUACCCAAAGUAGGGCCAUCACUCCAGAAGCCCUUCAGUCAUUACUUGGAAGCACAAAGAAACAAGCUGCAUCAUGGUGAAGGAAGGGCACAAUCGGAUGACAACUGGCUCUCAUGGCUGUUUGAGAAGCUGGUGCUGGUCAUGGUCUGCUACUUUGUCAUCUCCAUCAUCCACUCGAUGGCUCAGACCUACGCCAAGCGGCUGCAGCAGCAGAGACACUCUUCGGAGAAGACGAAGUGAAUUUGAGAGGAAGCUGUACGAAUAUCCAGGAAGUGAUUCCUGUGGCUGCUCAGCCCGUGCCCGCUCACUCAAAAACAAACCUCGCCAUCUUCACGUCCAUGCUCGGAGGCUGACUACUAAAAACCAGACUAUGUCGCCUCUGUAUGUGUGUGAAUGUGUGCGUGCGUGUGCUCUUAAAAUCAUUUGUCCCCACCUUCUUUUGUAGCUCUCAUCUCCCUCUCUUGGUGUGUACAGAACACCUGAUUCUCCUGCUGAUUCAGUGGUCUUACUUGCGAAUGAUUCCAUUUUGUGAUCUCCAAAUGAAGCAGUGGUCUGGCAGUGUCUGCCAUACACAGGCACCGCCUAACAGACGCUACGCCUUACGCAAAGCUGGGAAUAUCUCCCUUGAAAAUAGUUCUCAACUUUAUAUUUAAUUUUGUAACAUUUAUGUAUGAAUGACUUUUGAUUUUGUUUGUACAUUGUGCUGCCAGGACAACUGCUUAUACAUGCUCUCACUCAAUUUUCAGGUCCUGUUUUUGACCUAUUAGACAUUAAGAUAAUUUUUUGUUUUGGGGUUUUUUGGCUCCCGGGAAAAAAAGGAAAAAGCAAUAUCAAUGUAAAACAUUUGUUGUUGAUGGUUUGAACAUUGUGUAGAUAUCUUAAUCUUGGACAUUAUGCGUAAGUGUAUUUCUAUUCUAACAAUAGGCGGGCAGGAUUUACCUUGAAUCCAACAGGGAGUAACAUUGUUUGUAGUGACACUGUACUUAAAACUACCAGUCCCGUUUCUAUUAUCUAAUAUUAGUUUGGACCUUUGGAGUGGAUCAUACAUAAAACGUACAAAUCAUGGUAUCCAAGUUGGAGUCUGUCAUUGGUUUGAUUGUAAAUGUAUAGGACGCUUGAAGAACUGAUCAUCUUUCAGGUAAGUCAACAGCAGAGUGGCACCCAUGCAAUGAAUUGCAUCCAUGUUGUGGUUGUUAUUGCAAUGUGAUGGCUCCUCUGUGGCUUUCUUCCUGGACACCAGUUAGCCACCUCCUCAGCUAGC